GGAGGACACCGGCUGCAGCCCUGCCUCCAAGACACACGGCAGGCAGGCAGGCAGAGCACCAUCACAGGGGCAACAAAGGGACGCGUGGUUCCUCUCAGGCAUCAAAUGAAUAAAUGAUCCAUUGAGACAAAUUCUGCCUACAGCAAAACGAUUUUUUCCCUUCUGUCCUAACCUCAAAGCACCAUAGUCAUGGAGCUGGAGCACUUCGAUGAGCGGGACAAGGCUCAGAGAAAUACCCGCAGGGGCUCAAGAGGGAAUGGGCUCGCCAGUCCCACUCAUAGCGCUCACUGCAGCCUGUACAGAACCAGGACACUGCAAGCCCUGACCUCAGAAAAGAAGGCCAAGAAGAUCCGUUUCUACCGCAAUGGGGACCGCUACUUCAAAGGGAUUGUGUAUGCCAUUUCUCAGGACAGAUUUAGGUCUAUAGAAGCACUGCUGGCUGACCUCACAAGAGCUCUGUCAGAUAAUGUGAACUUGCCACAAGGGGUUCGAACCAUAUAUACUAUUGAUGGGAUGGGAAAGAUUACCAGCAUGGACCAGCUGGCGGAGGGGGAGAGCUAUGUUUGUGCAUCCAUAGAGUCCUACAAGAUGCUGGACUACACAAAGAAUGUAAAUCCCAACUGGUCACAUGGUGCCAGGACGGCUGUGUCCCUCCGUGAUCCUCCUUCUCUUGGUAGUGUGAAGGCUGGAGCCCCAGAAACCAGGGAGAGCAAGGACUUCAUUAAGCCCAAACUGGUAACCAUCGUCCGCAGCGGAGUAAAGCCUCGCAAGGCUGUACGCAUCCUGCUCAACAAGAAGACAGCACACUCCUUUGAGCAAGUGAUGACUGACAUCACAGACGCCAUCCAGCUGGACUCUGGAUCCGUCAAAAGGAUUUAUACUGUUGACGGCAAAAUGGUUUCCUGCCUUCAGGACUUUUUUGGGGACGAUGAUAUCUUUUUUGCCUGUGGCCCUGAGAAGUUCCGCUAUCAGGAUGACUUCAACUUGAAAGAGGGUGAGUGCCUGGUCGCAAAGUCUGCAUCAUACGGCCGGCUUCCCUCCGGACAUGCUCUCUCCUCCCCGAGAAUCGGUGGGAUGUCCCGCAGAAGCAAGUCUCCAUCAUCCCCUGGUUCAGCAAAUGGCACGGCAGGCAGUCAGCUGUCCACCCCUCGAUCUGGGAAGUCUCCUAGCCCGUCUCCAACAAGUCCAGCUAGCCUUCGAAGACGACGGGGAUCUCAUCACAGUGGCUCUUCACUCUCUUUAGCUUCUACCAAGGUUUGCAGUUCAAUGGAUGAAGGAGAUGGGCCCAGCAGUGAAGCUGAGCUAGUGGAUGAGUGCCCCUUUGUCCCUGCGUCCAUCUCAGAGAGGUACAAAGUGGGGAGGACUUUAGGGGACGGAAACUUUGCUGUGGUCCGAGAGUGUGUGGAGAGAUCCACCGGAAGGGAGUAUGCUCUGAAGAUCAUCAGCAAAGACAAAUGCAGAGGAAAGGAACACAUGAUCCAGAGCGAAGUGUCAAUCCUUCGGCGUGUGAAACAUCCCAACAUAGUUCUCCUUAUUGAGGAAAUGGACACCUCUAGUGAACUCUAUCUCGUAAUGGAGUUGGUUAAGGGCGGGGAUCUUUUUGAUGCUAUCACCUCCUCAAACAAAUACACAGAGCGAGACGCCAGCAGUUUGCUGUUCAAUCUGGCAAGCGGCAUCAAGUACCUCCACAGCCUCAAAAUUGUCCACAGAGACAUAAAACCAGAAAACCUGUUGGUAUUUGAACACCAGGAUGGAAGUAAGUCUCUGAAGCUCGGUGAUUUUGGCUUGGCUACCAUCGUCAACGGGCCCCUCUUUACCGUGUGUGGCACCCCGACCUAUGUAGCACCUGAGAUAGUCGCUGAGACCGGGUAUGGCCUCAAGGUGGACAUCUGGGCAGCUGGUGUCAUCACUUACAUACUUCUGUGUGGCUUUCCACCUUUCCGUGGCAGUGGUGAAGAUCAGGAGGCUCUGCUUGAACAGCUUUUGAAGGACCAGCUGGAUUUCCCUGCACCAUACUGGGACAAUGUGUCUGAAAAUGCCAAGGCUCUGAUCACUUGGAUGCUGCAGGUAGACGUGGAUCAGAGAAGCACUGCUGCACAGGUGCUCGAUCACCGCUGGGUUAAUGAUGAUGGUGUGUCAGAGAAUGAUCACCAGCUGCCUGUGGCUGGCAAGAUCAAGAAACACUUCAACACAGGGCCCAAGCUCAGCAGCACCGCAGCAGGAGUGUCCGUCAUUACAACCACGCCACUUGAUAAGGAGAAGCAAGUUUUCCGACGAAGACGCAACCAAGAUGUGAAGCUUUCUCCCCACCUCCCACGCAGUAUGGGGGCCGGUGCCUCACGCAGUGCCAACCAUGGCCUCUCUGCCGCCGAGCUGACCCCCGAGUCUGAGGACUAUUCCCCGGGUUCAGCUGGCACGGUCCGUUCCCCCAUCUCUCCGUUCUAACAGCCUCCCGAGGCCAAAGCACUGUCCACCUUCACAUGGAGAAAUGUGAGGCGGUGUAGUGCAAAACUGAAAGACCCACAUGGGGUUUACUCUUAUAAGUUGGACAUUUACACACUGCAUUACUGACCUGUACCCAUUUAAUGUUUCUUCAUAAAAUAAAUGGAUUGAUCUGAGCAAGGGACAAAUGUGUCUCUGGAUCAAAGAAUAUGCCUUAAAAGCAUGCAACGAUAUUAUAUACACCCUCCUCCCUGCCCCCUUUCAAAAAGUUAUCCAAACUGCUAAAACCUUAUUUCUGCCCAGCAUACAGUGGUUCAUUGCAGUACUCUAGGGCCCUCUAGUGGUUAAUAAUCUGUACUGCAGGAAAGACAACCUGAUACAUAAAGCACUUGGCUUUAAUGGGAGUUGUAAACGCAAAACAUUUCAAACUUAGCUUUUAAAAAAUGAAUUACAUUAUUUUGUGACAGUACAUUUUACUUAUCAUGGUUUGAACACAAAUACUUGUUAUAAAAUAACCCUCUAAAUUUGACAUUGACUGUAAAAGUCACCUUCCAGGUGUACUGUGUAACAUCUUGAUUACACUCUACUGAAGUACCUGAAUACACAAAGUUUAAGAGGACUUAAGGAAUUAAAAAAACCUGCUGCUAUAGCAUUAUCAUUAAGCAUUAUCUGUAUUGAACAUUUGUUUUGUGUAGGACAUGUUCUCCUGCCACCCAGUAGCAUGACUCUUUAAGAGAAUUGAGGGCACUAAUGUUUGACUGUUGAUGGUCCAGCUCACCUGGGCGCUUCAGGAUGAUUAUUGAAACAUAUAUGUUACACGUCUGUGAGAGUGGUUGUAAUUCAGUGGUGGUGCAGAUGAAUGUCAGUGAUGUGUAGUUGGUAGUAAGUGCAUGUUUAAAGCCUUGCCUUGGCACAUAUGGAUUUAAGUGCAAUUAGGUGCGUUGCUCAAUGAGUGCAGUAACAAAUGCGUCCCACAAAAUGCUGGAAUAAGUGAGAAUGGAUCUGUUGCUGGUAUUAUUAGCAACCAACUGACACACUUCUCUAUAAGAUGGGGGCAAUUGGCACCUUUUUUUGGGGUAAAAUGUUGGCAAACAAGUGCUUCCAGUAAAAUCCAUUAUUUGAAUAUGUGAUGGUCCUUUCGAUAACAUGAUCGAAUAACAUGACUGAGAAGACUGCCUACUAGAUUGUAUGUACUGUAAUGUUCUCUGACAACUCCAUACAUUGGUUCACCUGAAGACCAAAUAUUCAUGGAUGUGAAUGUCUUGUUCCCUUUAUCAGAGACUGUAACCUGCAUGUGUGCUAAUAUGCAUCCUUAAUCAGCUGUUCUGGUCUUCUACUGUUUGAUAUACGCCUGUCAGAGAGGAAACCAUUCUUGUUGUCAUUGUACGUGACGUCUUGGUGAAUGCAGUUCCAUUAUAUAGUCAUACCACAGCUAAGUUCAAACUUGUAUAUACAUAUUUUAACUGGAAUGUAAUGUCACACCACGGACUUUGUUGUAAAAGGGCUUUUACGUUUUUUGACUCAAAGGGGGUGAACCAAAAAGCACAAGGAAAGCAAGUUGGAACAGUGACAUUUUGGGAUUGUAUAUGCUUUCAAGGCUUUUAAAAAUCUGAAAAACAUUAAUAUAUAUACUGUUAUUAUACACCAUGACAAUGAUAAGACAACUGGGAAUGUCAGUAUUAGUUAUAAGCAGACGGGGAAUGCACGUUCUGUAUUAUAUUUAUCCAUAUUUCAUUAAUGUACGGAUGUCAUAAAAAAUCUAAAU